CCCUAAACAAGUCAAAUCCCAAUUCCAAAGCAAACGGUGACCACAUUUGUGAUUGGUUCAGGGAGGACGGUUGGACGGAAUAAAUUGCUUGUCAAAGACAGAUGAGCCUCAUUACUCAUCCACGCGUGACAGUUGGGUUAUUUUCACCAUUGUUGAAGCAAAAAGCUAGCUCUUUUUACUGCUAUAUAUACCUUACUCACUCAUUGCACUGUGUAGUGUGAGCUAAUUUUUGCUUAAGCUUCUAGCUAGUCAACAAUGGGUGCUUUUGCUCGUUCUUUUGUGGUUGCUUUCUUGUGUAUUCUUCUUGUGGAUGUUCUUGUGGUUGCUGAUGAUGAAGUUAGUGGAGUUGAAGAUGACAAGCGUUUGCUUCAUCGUCCAUUUUUGUUCAAGGCCAAGGGAGGAGGUCUAGGACGUGGAAUAUAUAAGAAGGGUUUUGGGCAUGGAAUUGGCGGUGGUCUAGGUGGUGGUUUUGGUGGAGGUGGAGGUUUAGGUGGAGGAGGAGGAAUUGGUGGUGGUGCUGGUGGAGGUUUUGGUGGUGGCGGUGGUCUUGGAGGUGGUGGUGGUGGAGGUUUUGGGGGUGGCGGUGGUGGAGGGUUAGGAGGUGGUGGAGGCCUAGGUGGUGGAGGUGGCUUAGGUGGUGGCGGAGGCCUUGGUGGUGGUGCAGGAGGUGGAUUAGGUGGUGGUGGUGGCCUUGGUGGUGGAGCAGGAGGAGGGCUAGGUGGUGGCCAUAAGCUUGGUGGAGGUGCAGGAGGUGGACUGGGUGGCGGAGGAGGACUUGGUGGUGGCCACAAGCUUGGUGGAGGUGUAGGAGGAGGAUUAGGUGGUGGUGGACGGCUUGGUGGAGGUGCUGGAGGUGGAUUAGGGGGUGGAGGUGGCCUUGGUGGUGGCCAUAGGCUUGGUGGAGGUGGCGGCAUUGGUGGUGGAGGUGGUCUUGGAGGUGGAGCAGGAGGAGGAGGAGGGCUUGGUGGAGGUGCUGGAGGUGGUGGUGCUGGGGGUGGAGGAGGAUUUGGUGGUGGUGGUGGUGUCGGUGGAGGAGUUGGGGGAGGGUUUGGAGCUGGUGGAGGAUUUGGCAAAGGUGGAGGAGCAGGUGGUGGAGGAGGAGGAUUUGGUGGUGGCGGCGGCUUUGGUGGUGGUGGGGGUGUUGGCUUUGGCGGUGGAGCUGGCUUUGGUGCUGGUGGUGGCGGUCGACACUAAUACACAUUGAAUUAAAAAACCUCAAGUUUAUUACAGAUAUCCAUUGUUGGCUGUUUAUGAUUUUUUUUUUUUUGGUUUUAGCCAAAUGCUAACUAGGAAUCCCUAUGCUCAUUGCCUCGAUGAAACUUGUUCGUCUGUCAGUACUGAUGCAUGUGCUUAUAGAUCACAUACACAUACUAGAGGGUUUGUGUUCGUAUAACCUGUUACUUGUUCAUGCACGCUUGCAUGCAAUGCCAUGCAAGACAAGUUUGUAAGAUUGUAAUCUCUUUUCUCUGCAAAUAAAAAUUUUCUCUGCGUCUAAA